GAAAAUUUCUUGCAAAUGAAAUUCAAGAUAUUAUUGAAACAAUUGAUAUAGAAAAGUUCAGAGGAAUUGUAACUGAUGGUGCUACCAAUAUGAAGCUAGCUAAAAAUCUUGUUGUUAAAUUUUAUUCAUAUAUUCUUCCUAUUUGA